AUGUAUUGUCCCUGUAUGGGUAAAUUUGGAAAUCAAGCUGAUCAUUUUUUAGGUGCAUUAGGUUUUGCUAAAGGACUCAAUCGCACAUUAGUGUUACCACCAUGGGUAGAAUAUAAUCAAGGGCAACCAAAGUCUGUACAAGUUCCUUUCGAUACUUAUUUCAGGGUUGAUAAAUUAUUAGAAUUUCAUGAUGUGAUCACAAUGGAAACAUUUAUGAAAACAAUCGGACCAGAAAUAUGGCCGAAAGAAAAAAGAAUUUCAUUUUGUUACACAAAUCGAGGGGAUUCAGAAGGUUGCAAUGCAAAAGAGGGAAAUCCAUUCGGACCAUUUUGGGACACAUUUAAUAUCGAUUUUGUCGGCUCUGAAAAAUAUGGUCCAUUGCAAUUUGAUGUACAUCAUGGCAACAUGGCUGAAAAAUGGAUGCAGAAAUAUCCGGCUGAUAAAUGGCCUGUAUUAGCUUUUGUCGGAGCUCCAGCCAGUUUUCCUGUUUUAAAUGAGAAUAGAAAAUUACAUAAAUACUUGGUUUGGAAUGAUGAUAUAAAACAAAAAGCUAAAAAUUUUAUUAAAAAUCAAUUGCCGAUUGGAAGUUUUGUAGGAAUUCAUUUAAGAAAUGGUAUUGAUUGGGUUCGAGCUUGUACUCAUGUUCAACACAGUCCAAAUUUAUUUGCCGCACCUCAAUGUGUCGGAUAUCAAAAUGAAUUUGGAACUGCAACUCCUGAAAUGUGCAUGCCUUCAUCAAAGACAAUAAUAAAACAAAUAAAGAGAGUUUUAAAGACUGUCAAAGAACCAGGUGCAGUUUUUGUGGCUUCAGAUAAUAAUUACAUGUUAUCUGAAUUAUCGGAAGCUCUUAAAAGAUUUGAGGUGAAAGUAACGAAUCUUCAACCACCAAAUCCUCAUGUUGAAUUAGCAAUACUUGCUCAAUCGAAUCAUUUUAUAGGGAAUUGCAUUUCAUCAUUUUCUGCAUUUGUUAAACGUGAACGUGAUGUGAAAGGAUUAAAAUCAUCAUUUUGGGCAUUUCCAACAGAAAAAAAGAAAAAAAUUCAUGAUGAACUUUAA